AUGGAUCUUAUUCAGCAUCGCAAGGAUAUUUGGAUGGAUGGGUCGCUUGUUUGGAAACAAGCCCAGGAAGACCUACUCUGUCCAGAACCAAAUCGAAGUGAACGCAGCUCUCGUGAAGGUGAGUGUUUCAUGGUAAAUGCUUACUGUACGGAGAGUGGGAUCAACUUAACCACUCACUGCUUCAUAGAAGAAGCUGAAUUCGAAAUUCGAUUACCAAUUGUUUUUCUCUUUCAUUCAUUCUGGAUUUUUCCACUGCAGUGCCUUUGCAGGACUAGAUUCAACACCAGUCAGGGAAAGCUCCUCAGGACUAUAAUGUUUGGUGUCAAAAGAGUACCGCCAAUAAUUUGA